AUGCAACAGCCAACCAAAUCAUACGAUGCCGCAUUGAGAUCGCAAAGUGAGGUACAAGAAGUAUCUCGGAUCUCAGCUGGUCACCUUUCUUGGUUUGGCUUUUAUGUUAUUGUUCAGCAAGGAUUCAUCGUGGUCGUAGGGCCGUGUGCCGAUGACCUGUUUGCACAAAUCUACAAUCACAGCUACAAGGCAAUCUCUCUACAGCUUCCGGCCUUUUCACAAAGCCCCAUUUCACAAUCUCAUGCUGACAUAAAACUGUACGGAACAAGCCCGCCGGUACCGCCUCGGCGGCUAACCUCAUCUCGUCUUCUUCGUGAGGCGUCAGUUUGGUCUUGUCGCGCAGCCUCCGAUCGGACGUCGUCUGCAAACUAUAACAAUGUGACAUGUGGUGGCAACAAUUUUGCUAAUACCGAUCAGCCGACCGUUGCCGGCGCAAACAUGCCCACCUCAGCGGCACAAAGUGGCACGGAAGCAGCUUAUGGUAACCGAGAAGUCAUGCUGAAGUCAUUCAGAACAUGUGAUACAUGCGCUUCCCGUACGGGGCCUACUCGGAAGGGUGUCAGCAACAGUGCCGUCGCUAUGGAUCAUGUUUGUCCGAGCCGAGAAUUGCGCUUAAUUAGCAGUUGGCCCUCAAGCAUCGCUCGACUCGAAGAUUGCAAUCCUGCACAAGAGGCAGUUGUUGUUGGAAGAAAUGAUUACUUGCAUUUGAACAGUAGUGUGAGUUUAAUGCCAAAAAUGUUUUGA